AUGACGUCGGCGAUGCGGGACGCGAAGGCGUCGCUGCGUGACUUUUCGAGCGACGAUUUCGAUCGCGUGCGGUGGAUUAACGAGCAAACGCGCGCGCGAAUCGGCGACGCGGGAGGGAGCGGGCGCGACGCGACGGCGCGGGAUGGAUCGGCGGUGGUGGCGCGCGCGGUCGGAGAGGGGACGCGAGGGACGAGCGCGUCGCCGUUGGAACGAUUUUUGGCGGAUUUGGAACUGCAGCUGCAGUUGCUCGGCGAAGAUCUGUCGAUGUCGCUGGAAGAGCGCUCGCGCGAGGGUGUCGCGCGCGUGCCCAAGGCGGUGAAGGAGAUAGAAGUCGUCGAGGGGCGGGUGAAGCGUCUGCACGAGGAAGUGCGAGGGAUAUUGGAUCGAUUGGACGAGGUGGAGUCGGAGUCGCGCGCGAGCGUGGAAGCGCUGCGACAGCUCGACGCGGCGAAACAACGCAUGGAGAGCGCGCGAGAGACGCUGCAGGAGGCGAAUGGACUAGCAGAUUUGAUGGCGAGUGUGGACGGGAUCUUUGCGAGCGGGAAUAUUCGUAACAUGUCCGAGUCGUUGGCGCGGAUGAAGCGCGGUUUAGCCGUCGUGGGCGACGUGCCAGAAUUCGCCGACGGGCAAGACAAGGUGAACGCGUUCGAGCACAAGCUCGAGGCGAUCGUCAGACCGGCCUUGAUCACGGCGUUGGAGUCACAAAACAGCACGGCGGCUCGCGAACAUCGCGACGUGUUGCGCACUACCGGCCGCGGUUCGGCGUUGGAGAGCAUUUAUGCGGACACGCGCGUGACGUCUCGCAUGCUCAAGCAGUGGAAGUCGCGCGAGCGCGAUGCGACGACGACUGACGCUGGGAGGCUGGACGCUUCGGUGCAUAUGAUCGAUGAAUUCUUGAAGUAUUGCGCCACCGCUCUCAAAGAGGAGAUAUCUUGGUGCUCGAGUACGUUCCCCGAAGACGCCGUGCUUUUGAUUCCGUUGUCUUGGUGUUCGCUUCACACCACGCUCGAAACGUCCAUCACGGAGAAGCUCAGCUCGCUAACGCUCGAGCAACUCGUCUCGGCUCGAAAUUCGUUCCAAACGUACGUCGAAGACGUUGGGAUAGCGUUUACAAAACUCGCCGGCGACGCUGCAGCGCACGCGAACGCCGACGCCGUCAAGGGCGCCAUCGGCGACGCGUUGAUGGCGAUUGUCGAGCCUUUCAUCGCGGUUGAGCAGCGUUUCGGCCAGCUCGCGCUUGCAGACAUACGAACUACUUUAGAUUCUUCGGUAAACAUCCCUGAGGCACAGUCUAUUGCGACGUCGGACGACUUGACCGCAGUUAUACAAAGCGUGCUCGCCACGCUGCCGAAAGCCAUCGACGUCUUCGGCGUCGUCAUAGACAGAUGCGAGGCGAUUACCGCUGGCGUUGAGACGAUGACUUGCAUUCAUGCGAUUGAAAGUGGAAUGGAACACUACGUCGAUUUAGUCGCGCUCGUCCUUCGUGACUUGAGAAACGCGGCCGGUUUGAUUGACUCGACCGCGACGAACAUGAACUCAAACACGACUUCCGCGGGCGAAGAAUUCAUCAGAGGAUCGCUCAGUAUGCUGGACAUGAUCAACGCCAUCCCGAACGCACUGUUAGAUUUCGAGUCCGAUCUACGUGCAAAGCUUCUGAAGCUUCGAGCGACGCUGCGACCGGCUUUGGAUGUUACUUUGGAGCUUGGUGACGGACCAAAAAGCCGUACGCUCCUCGGUUUGAGCAUCGCGGCGCACGCGGCGCGAUCACGAAAGUUGGCCACGUUCCUUGACAAGGUGGCGGAUGCCGCGGUGAAGCACUCGCUCGAUGGAUCCAUAAUUCCGGUCGGUGCUGAGCACAUGAACGCUCUGACUAGAUCACUCGAAAAAUUCGUGUACGACACUCUCCUCGGGCGGGUGUCGCUCGAACUCAAGGGAAUCAGCACGUCUGAGGUUUGGAGCGCCAAACCUGCCGAGAGCGCGUAUAAACUCCCGACGUUUAGCGCUUAUCCGCAAGAGCGAAUGACGAAUGCAGGUGAAUAUCUGCUUUCAUUGCCGCAGCAUCUGGAUAACAUGCACGACGACGACUUGGCUCGCGCGACGUCGCUUUCGGGCGACUCGAAUGCGGCGCAAGAGCCGGCGACUUCCGAGGCGUGGAUUGCGAAAAUCGCCGAAGCGAGUGCUGAGUUGCUCUUGAAAGAAGUGCGUGCCAUCGCGUCGCUCACCGACCAAGGCGCUGCGCAGUUGUCGGCGGAUUUGGAGUAUUUUUCGAACAUAGUUGCAGCGCUCUCACUCGCGCCACCCAGCGCGCUCAUCGCCUGGUACAAGUGCGCGAGCGCGCCUCGCGACGAAUACGAAGAUUUUGCACGCGCUGCGACUUCAGAGGGCAUCGACGUGCGCGUCGUGCGAGCCGCCGCGGCGACGCGAGGGAUUAAGUUAAGUAGUUCUUUGUAA